GCCACGCGACAUUCGAAUACACUCGAAUCGCGGCCACGAAAUUCAGGGAUCUGCUCGAGAGGGAACCAAUCGAUAUAACUCAGUUGUCGUGUGACCGUUGUUUGAUAAUCUUCGUGUGAUUUUCGUCGUUUCGAAUACAUUUGAAUCCGACCAUCCGCAUUAUCGAAGCAGACAGGCUGGUGAGAUCGACGCCAAUAAAUCUCGCCGAUAUGGAGCAAAGUGGCAUCUCGAUAAUAACAUCGAACGGGGCCACGGAAAAUUCUGUGGGGAAAUCCAGGAGCAUCGGUAUCACCCUCAGGACGAGUUCCAGUAUACAGGCUGCCAAGAAGAAGCUCAAAUCGUCCUGGUUGAGCAGCUUGAUAGCGGAGGAUGCGACCGGUUGGGACACCCUGAUAAUCGGGCUGGCGGAAAUGAUCGGAACCGCGAUCUUGGUUUUCAUCGGUUGCACCGGUUGCAUCGGCAGUCUGAACGUCGUACCGAGCAUAUUUCAAAUCUCCUUAACUUUUGGCCUUGCUGUGAUGAUUGCGAUACAGUGCAUAGGACACAUCAGCGGGGCUCACAUAAAUCCAGCGAUAACGGUGGCCGCGUUGAUCCUGGGUAAAAAGUCUCUACCAAUGGCCGUACUUUACAUUGCCGCCCAGUGUUUGGGAUCCCUGAUAGGCUAUAGCUUGCUAAAGGCGAUCACCCCGGCCGAGUUGAUGUUCGCUUCGACGCCUGACAAAGCGAACUCAUUCUGCAUGACGGAGAUCAACGAGAAACUGAGCGUCCCCCAGGGUUUCAUGGCGGAGAUGAUCGGUACCGGGAUCCUGGUCUUCUUCGCUUGCGGCCUCUGGGACCACCGAAACGCCAGCAACACCGACUCCGUGCCCAUGAGGUUCGGUUUCUGCGUCACGGUGCUCUGCAUAAUCUUCAUCCCCUACACGGGGUGCAGUCUGAACCCCGCCAGGACCCUGGGUCCAGCCGUUUGGAACGGCUACUGGAGCCAUCAUUGGAUCUUCUGGUUGGCGCCGAUCACCGGUGCCCUGGUCGCGUCUCUUCUCUAUCGGUGUCUCUUUCUCUCCAACAGGGGGCAAAGCAGCGGCCAGAACCCUGGGAACCUCAGUGGCGUGGAAACAUAAUCGUAACACGAUUCAGGUUGCAACGAUGCAUUCCGGUGAAGGUCCAUGGUUCACGAUUCCAGCGAGAAAUCCUAAUCGCGUUCGCGUUUUCUCCAACAGCGAAGAACCGGAAGUGGGACUUCCCUCGGAUCUCCAAAGAUCAAGAAUAAUGCCGCGCGAGGAGGAAUUCUCUAUGAUACGCUGAUCAAGGACGAAUCACUCUUGUACAAAGAUUCCAUGUAAAUUUAAUACGCGAUCGCCGUAGGUUUCGGUAGCGCGAAGAAUGUAAAUUAUUGCGAUCCUCCUCGGUCGCGUUCCUUGCCUUCGAAUUCGUUCGGAAAAUUCACGUUUGGAAAAUUUCCCUUCGAGGAUGUUUCAGUAUUUUCGUAAAAAUUUCCAAAAACUUUAGGUACCUGUUUUGCUGGAAGCUUGGUCACACGCUGCUUCCGUUCGCUGUAAAAGUGUGACCGAAAAUUCCGCGUCGAAGCUUCCGUGAGCAAAGUCGGAGCACUUAAUUAGCUCCCGAAAAAAAUUUUAGCGAUUUAUUUUUAACACGUUCGCUGCAGGGACGAUUACCUAUUUUAUAUUCGUAUAAAUAAAUGGAAACGUUCGGUUUGCUUUUUUAAUACAUUUUAUUCGUAUGUAAUUAAAAACGUACGUCGAAUAAGAUAAUUAAAUGGCGGUGGCGGAUGUGUUUAUAUCAAACUAUUUGGUAAAAAGAUUUCGCUGUUUCGUUCCAUCCGAGAAAUGUACAAUUUUAAAUAUAAAAAGUUUUAAUUUGCGGGUAAACUUUAUUUUCGCGAAACCGUGGCGCCCGUUUGGGAAAAUGUGGUCUCGAGAAAAUGACGUUAAUUGCGUGGACCGCAGCAACUUUGUUAAUUUUUCGAGUCCAGUGAUAGAAAUAUUUUGGAGGGCGUAUAUAAUUUCGGAGAAUAAAAUAGAAAAGGGAAUCGAUUUUAAAAAUUCUGGAAAAGCUGUCCCCCUUUGGACGGGGUAAUUUUAUCGGCGCGAAACUGGCUAGCGAAAACAUCCCUCUUUCCGACGCCGUUUGUCAUCGUUGCGGGGGAGGAGUAGCUCCGGCAGACUUGAAUUCGUCGCUCGUUAGGUCGGUUGUCUUUCCGGGGAACAACGCGGAUGAUCCCUCUGGCCGGCCCAUUCCGCGUGGAAAUUCGAAAUAACGGGAUUAGCAGCGAACAAGCGCGUUCAGCAAAUUACCCGCGGCAGUAUCGCUCCGUGAAAACUUUUAAUUGUGCCGGGGCUGCAUACGCGCGCGCCAAACGAAAAUGCCGGCGACUGCAGUUACACGUUCGCUCGACUACCAACGCGUGCACCUCUUUCGACGAUAAUCGCGCUCGAGGAACGAGUUUCAGAGGCAAGCUCGCGACAACA